AAAAGAACUGUCAGGUUCACUGUGAUAUGACUGAACAUCACAGUGACUCAGUAUCAGUGUUUCUGACUCCAUCACAGUAACAGCUGUGUUACUUUAGACCACAUCAGUUAUUGAUCUCCUUCAGGCUCUUCCUGCUGCUGCUGCUGCUGCCGCUGCUGCUGGUGUCCCGCAGCCUCCAGAAACAGAGCUGUGCAUCAGAGAGCUGUGUCCUUUCUUAUUUUUCUCCUCCUGUCGGCUCCUACUUUUUGCAUUCCUGUUCUUUUAAAUUAUUUCAUAUCCUAGUCUCUAUCCUCCCCUUCCCUCCCCCUCCUGCUGAUUUCCACACUGCAUUUUUUUGCGUCUGUAUGCCUGACUUUUGUCCACCGGUGUCCUCCAUGAGAAGCCUGUCCCAGCAGGAGGAUGAGCCGAGCUCACAGAGACCAAGAAGAGUUAGAGGAGGUCAGGGGAGGAGCUACGCUGCUGAUUCUACUGGACAGCCUGCAGACAGGACGAUGCAGUGAGGACAGACAGGAGACAGAACGUUUUCUUCCUUUCAGGGAAGAAGAAUUACACUUGUUGUACUCUUCAGGUCAGGUGACGUUGGCUGAGCAGAAGCUGCAGCUGACCUCUGACCUCUUUGUCCCUGACCACACAGAAAGUAUAGCCCUGAACCUGAGGAGGAACACUGACCUCAGAUCAGACCUCACAACUCUCCAUCAACACUGCUGUUUCUUAGAGAACAACUGCACUGUCUUACAGUGUCCACAAGAGGCUCCCUGGACCAGACUAGUCCUGAACCCACAGGACAUCCUAGCAUUCAUCAGAGGAAAUGGAAUGAAUUUGACAUCCCAGCCCAGAGUUCUGAGAAUGGACCACUCCAAUAAUGUCAUCAUUUCCCGUGGAGACCUGGUUGCAGCUGGACUUUUUCCAGACUGUAGGACAAUCGAGGAAAACACGGACUUCCAUUUUAGGCACCACAACAGUGGGUCACAUGAUAAUCCACGGCCCGAUCCCAACAACAACCCUGAGGUCCAUCACUGUGAAACCACCUCUGGAGAGAAUCUGAACAUUCACUCACACAAAGGCCUUUUAAAGGCUCCUGAGAACCUCUGUGGUCCAGGAGAAUCUUCUGGAAAAGACAAGAAAAUCAGGAAGAAGAGUGUGUCCUUUGAUGAUGACGUCAUGGUCUUCCUGUUUGACCAGGAGAGUCCCACGGAGGACCUGACCUGUGGGACCCACAAACCUCCACCAACCCCUGAGAUCCAGGCAGAAGAGAAUGCUCUGGAAUGGGAAGACGACUUCUCAGCUCUGGAGGACAGCUUCCAACACGUCGGUCUCUCCCAGAGACACAUCUGUACUCCACCAACACAUAUGUGGCCCGCUCCAACUAGACCACAGCGGUACCUGCUGUCACAAAACCACCUCUUUCUCACACACGUCAACGAGUCAGAUCUGGAGUUCUGACCGUGGACUGGGCUCUGGGGAAACAACACCACUGUUCUGGUCCACAUAAAGCAGGGCACUUAAAUAUCACAUUUAUCUGGCCCACAGAUCCAAAACCAUUUGUCCAGUAACCUACUAUAGCAAUAGAACUUAUAGAUAUGUUUUCUGGUUCGAAAAUAACCGGACAAUCCUGAUAUGUCUGACUGAGUCAAUUUAUGUGGACUAAUAGAGCCGUUCCCCAACAGAAGCGGACCACCCAAGUUUGUCUGAGCUCUGUUCUGCAAAGUACAGGACCAGACAAAGUUGUCCUAUCAAAAAAAGAAGUAUGUGGUCCACAUUCUGGACAGCAUAUACCUAGACAGACUUUAAACCCGAUAUAGACGUGACCCACAUUCAAAAUACCAGAUGUAGGUCACUAAAGGCCCCAUAAUUUAUGUCUGUAUGUUGGUCAAAUGAAAGUCCUGUCACUGGGCCAGACCAGUUUCUCAGAAUGGAGUUUAGCCAACGGCCACCUCAGUGUCGCCGUGGCCUAAUGUGACACUCCCACUUGUUUUUCCUUCAGACGCUCAGCCUUGGUCUCAUGGAAAAAGUGACUAAUGCUCCAGACCUGCGUCCUCUACCACGUCUGCCUCAGGUUUAUGAUGAGUCAGGGGGAUUUUAAUGGCUUUCCUUUUUGCUGGGCACCAGAUGGAUCCCUGGCACCUGCUGCAGUGGACUGUGUGACAGUGCACUCUGGCUGGACAGUUGACAUUACGGCUGGCCAUGACGUGAUGAACAUGGUUGCAUAACAGUGUUGGUACCUUUCCAGAGACAGGAACAUUUUUUGGGGAGUUUUUUCUCAAACAGAGACCUUGGACUGUUUCAAUUCCAGCUUCUAAUCAACGGUGACUGAAGAAUACAGUGUACUGUAUCUAACACAUUGACAUUCUUAUUUUUCAAAUUGCAGUUCAAUGCAGUACCAACGUCAACCAGCAGAGGGAGACUCCAAAAAGCUCCCAUAUCGGUCUUUCAAAGUUGCCAACUUACUCUAUGAAAUAUUUGGCCAAUAAAUAGCUACGUCUCUGGUCCCAACAAGAACGUGGGCUAAAUAGCUCACAGCUUUUAUUCUGUAAAGUAGAUGACGUAGAUUUAAAGUUUUGGUGCUAAUAGUGGGUAACAUGGGUUUAUGGACUUGGUUGCAUCAAGUCAUCAAUCAUCGUUUAUUGGUUUUGGUUGCAAAGUAACCAAAACCUAAAGAAAUCCUGCAAACAUGAAAUCUUUAAUCUUUAAAAAAAAAAAAUCAGUUUUCUUCUCUGCUGCUGCUGGUGGCGCUGUUUGCGUGCCUCAUCAUUCUGUUGUAUGUUUUUUAGCUCAGAAUUUAUCAGCAUUUUUGAAUAAACAUGGUAUAAAAAUAAUAUUUCUGCAGAAACAACCCAGACAAGGUUUGGUUAAAUAAAUAUGGUGCAGCAGAGCGAGGAGAGAGGAAACCUGACAGGAGCAGUCAACACACACACACAGAACACACACAGAACACACACACAUAACUCAAUAGAACCAAAAACCAUUAGGUGGGAGCAACACACCUGGAAGCUGCUGUUGUUGUCCCACAGUUUUAACCUCACUCUUCUACCCAGUCUACCUGAGGUACCAUACUGGGGGCCACACUCCCCUGGUUCUUUAUUGAAACAAAUGUAUGUGUCUUGUGUUUUUGCCCACAUCUAGUAUCCAUCUCAGGUUGACUGUGGCCCACAAUAUCACAAUAGCCAGCACUGGGCUCUUGUGACCUAAAUCCUGGCAGCCUAUGUGGGCCACAGAGGAAUGUAAUCCAUUUCUGUAUGGAGAAAAUAAAAAUGGCUGUGCAGCUGUG